UGGUGUAAAUUUCCGACUCCUAGCUGAUCACGGUCGUGAGCUAUUAAUUAUUAUUAAUGGCAUUUUCAUUAAUUAACUCAUAUCUCCGUCAAAAAGGCGCAUGGGCCCAAACUAACUUGGGGUUUUUCACUAUUGACUAUUCCCUACAUGAUGAAAAUAGUCUGAGUCGAAAAGCUUUUAAUCACCUCGAGAGGUUCCCUCGUUAGUUAUUUACAGAUGUAACUUUUAGUUUUGACAGAUAGAAGGUUAAUAGAGAGUAUUUAGAAUUCCUGAUACAUGAAACUUUUACCGUUUGACAUAGAAGAAAUAAUUUAACAAAAGUGUAAGAUUUAAUAGAAACGAAAAAAUCGGAAAAGACACUCAUCCAAAUUAGAUUCCUCUGAAGAAUGCCAAGAGGUUCUGAGUUUCUUCUUCUUAAAGUAGAUCUUGAUUGAAAACGAGUAUUCAAGUUCGUGUAUAUUUUACAUGAACUCAUGGGAAGUAAGAAUUGCAAAGUUUAAUCUUCCCAUCCGAGACUCAUUAAUUCUACAAAACACAUUUCUCUUUUCAAAGCGUUUAUUUGCAAUUGGAAGUGGUGAAUUAGGUGAAAGACCACGUUUUGCUUGGCAGACUGGACAUGGAACUCAUAUAGCUGCUGUUGGUACUCUAGAUAUUAUCACGAUCCGUAAUAGACAAGGUGAAGAAAUAGCUCAAAUACCAUUAAAAGGCCCCUGUUUGUGUAUGGUAUGGGACAAGGAUGGUGAUACCCUUGCUGCUGUGAGUGAAAAAUCAAAUUUUGUUUAUUUAUGGGAUUCAAAUAGUCUGAAAACGAGUGUAUUCGAUACAACAUUGAAGGAUAACAUUACUGUUAUCGCUUGGUCAAAAGCAGCUCCCAUUUUGGCAAUAGGUUCAGUUCGUGGCAAUGUCGUUAUUUACGACCAAUCAACAACAAAAAAAUUACCGUUACUGGGUCAACAUUCUCGUCGUAUAACCACAAUGUCUUGGAGUAGAGAUAAUCUUUUGGCAAUUGGUGCUGAAGAUAAUCGUAUAUCUGUAAUGACAGUAACUGGUGAGACAAUUCAACGAUGCGAAACAAGUGAUGUACCAAAAGAAUUAAAAUUUUCGGAAAUGAAAAGAGAGCAGCGUGGAACAUAUGAAGAAAGCACGGUUAGUUUAAUUAUUGGUAAAAAAUCUCUUGGUCUUUGGACUGUAGGUGAUGAUGGACAAUUAUUCACAUUGAAUUUUCAAGACAAAUAUGCUGAUAUCGUGGCAUAUCAAUGGUUUGGCGAUGGUUAUAUAAUGAUAGGUUUUAGUGCUGGAUAUUUUAUUGUUAUAUCAACUUACCAUAAAGAAAUUGGUCAGGAAUUACACAAAACUCGUGAUCAUAAAAAUUAUUUAUCGAGUAUUGCGCUAUCAACAUCUCUAAACAAAGCUGCAACUUGUGGUAACGGUGGAGUUAAAAUUCAUGAAUUAUCUGAUCAAUAUGUAAUCGAUUCCAUUAUAAAUAUUGAAGAGGGUAAUGAAAAUCUAACUGGAAUUGGUUGGAAUACUGAUGGUCAAUUAUUAGCUGUUGCCAAAGCAAAUGGGUCAAUAUACAUUUAUUUGACAAAAUUAUCCAUGUUAGCAAGUGUAUGGCAACAAAAAAUUGCAUAUAUGGCAUCGUUAUGUGAAGUAUCGAUCUAUGAUCAUCAGACAAAAACAAAAAUCGAUAAUGUUAAUUUAACAACGGAAAUUGAACCGAGUGUAUUAGCAAUGAGUGAUGUUUAUAUAGCAGUUGGAUUUAAUAAUCGAGCGUUAUAUUACAGAAUUCAAAGUGUUGAAGAAGUGAUCAAAGCAUCAGAACACGAUUAUUUAAGUACAAUAUCAGAACUUCAAAUUAAUUCACAAUAUGCUGCUGCAUAUAUGAAUGGUCAAAUACAAUUACAUACGAUUGAAGAAUCUGAUCGAGUUGAAGAACGUGAAUCGAUUAUGUUUCCGUUGGCUGAUUCGGGUGAUGGAAAAAUUGUUUGCUAUAGUUUAACAAAAGAUUUUCUCAUUUAUGCCACGGAUAAAGGUAUAUUGAACUUUUUCCUAAUUGAAGAAUGGAAAAUGGUUAACAAAUAUAAACAUACAUCAAGUAUUCAUAAAAUAUAUCCUGAAAAUUUUGGUACAAGCGUCGCUUUCAUCGAUCAGAAGAAUGAUGGUUAUUUAUAUAAUGUUGUUAGUAUUUUUUUUGACAAUGUUAUUCGAAUACCCAAUUUAUCAUUGACAAUAAAAUCUAUAUUAUGGGAAACAAAUGCUGAUAAUGAGUGGAUUUUUGUCACUUGUGAUUCUGAUAUGAUCACAACAUAUUCUGUUUAUCGUGAUUCCUUGAAAGGUCCUCAAAUAAUGUUUGUUGGCUCUUCUCGUUUUCCAUUUGGAUCUGUACCAUUAUUAUUAAAUGCCGGUUUAUUGUUGUUAUUGGAUUCGAGUGGAAAAAUAGUACCAAUGAAAUUGGAUACAUAUGGAUUUUUAAAUGAUGGAGAACAAGAAUAUACAUUAGAAGAUGCAACAGAUAGAUUAUCAAAAGCAAUAUUAAUGAAGCGAUAUGAUGAUGCUCUUUUUUGGGCAAAACAAAUCAAUGAUAGUAGUGAAUGGAAUAAAUUUGCAACAGCAUUACUCUAUUCUCUGAAUAUUGAUUAUGCUAUUAAAGUAUUUCGAGAAAUUGGUCAUUCAGGCAUGGUCAUGUCAUUAGAAGAAAUUAAACAUGUUGAAGAUAAAUCAUUGGUAUCCGCUCAUUUUGCUACGUUAUUUGGCGAAUAUGAUUUGGCUCAAGAAUUAUUUUUAAAUUCUGGAAAUCCAUUAGAAGCUUUACACAUGAGACGUGAUUGUAUGCAAUUUGAAGCAGCAAUGACAUUAGCUAAAGCAUAUGAUACCGCACAAAUUCCAUAUAUAUCAGCAUCACAUGCCGAACAGCUUGAAUUUACGGGAGACUCGGCAAGUGCAGUGAAGUACUACGAGCAAGGUAUAACGAAGAAAGAAAGUGAUCAACAACAUGAUCAACGAUGUUUUGCCGGUUUAGCAAGAUGUUACAUCAGAGUGGGAGAAUUGAAAAAAGGUGUCACAAUUGCAUUACGUUUACCUGGAAAAGAAAUUAAAGAAGAAUGUGCCAAACUUCUUGAAACGCUAAAGCAAUGGACUGAAGCUGGUGAACUUUUUGAAAAAGCAGAAUGUUGGGAUAGUGCUGCUAUUUCUUAUAUUAAAACAAAAAACUGGGCAAAAGUUGGUGAUAUUUUACAAAAUGUAACUACACCAAAAAUUCAUUCAAUGUACGCUAAAGCAAGAGAAAGUGAAGGAAGAUAUCGUGAAGCAUUUGCAGCGUAUAUGAAAGCGAACGAAUGGGAAAAUGCAAUAAGAAUCCAGCUAAACCAACUGAAAUCUCCAGAACAAGCAGUCAAAAUUGUUCGUGAAACACAAAGUGUUGAAGGUGCCAAAAUGGUGGCAAGAUUUUUUGAAUCAAUAAACGAUUAUAGUUUAGCAAUACAAUUUCUUGUGUUAUCAAAAUGUUAUAAUGAAGCAUUUUUAAUGGCACAACAACGGGGUUUCAUGGAAUUAUAUGCACAAGUGAUAGAAAGUGUUCUAAAAGAUGGUCGAGAAAUACCAUUUGAAGAUCUUGAGAGUACAGCGAUCUUUUUUCAAAAUCAAAACAAUCAUCUAUUAGCAGGAAAAUUUUUUAUGUUUGCUCAAGAUUAUAAUCGAGCUUUAACACAUUUAAUGCGUUGUGCCGGAUCAAAUGAAGCGAAAGGAAUUGAUUUAGCUAUUACUUGUGUUGGAAAAGCGCGUAGUCAACAACUAACACAAAAAUUACUCGAUUUUCUACUUGGAGAAAAAGAUCAAAUACCAAAAGAAGCAAAGUAUUUGUUUCGAUUCUAUCUCAGUUUGGGCCAGUAUAUAGAAGCAUCAAAAACGGCUAUUAUAAUCGCACAACAAGAUCAAGAAGCCGGAAAUUAUCGGAGUGCUCGUGAUGUUUUGUUUACAAUGCAUCAAGAAUUAAAAAGUCAGCAGACAGCUAUACCGUUUGAAAUGUCGAAUAGUCUUAUGUUAUUACACAGUUAUAUUCUUGUUAAAGUUCAAAUCAAACUCAAUGAUCAUGUAAGAGCAGCAAGAUUAUUAAAUCGUGUUGCACACAAUGUUAGUAAAUUUCCAUCACAUGUUGUCCAAAUUUUAACAACAACAGUUGUUGAAUGUCAAAAAGCUGGUAUGCAUAAUUCUGCACUUAAUUUUUCAAUGAUAUUAAUGCAGCCUGAAUAUCGUGAACAAAUCGAUCCAAAAUAUAAGAAGAAAAUUGAAGCUCUUGUUCGAAAACCAGAAAAAACUGAAAGUGAUGAAGAUUAUUCAUUGUGUCCGAAUUGUAAUCAACGUGUUCCCGAUUACGAAUUACUCUGUUCGAGUUGUCAGUUAGCAUUACCCUAUUGUAUAGUAACUGGUGCACAUAUUAUCCGUGAUGAUCUAUGUUCUUGUCCGAGUUGUGAUUUUCCCGCAAUAUAUUCAGAAUUUUUAAAAUAUUUGUCAAUGGAUGACAGUUGUCCAAUGUGCUCGAAUAAAAUAAAUCCAUCCAAUCUUAUUAAAAUGGACAAUGCUGAACAUUUCCUAAAUCAAGCAGCAAACUUAUGA